AUGAUGGCUCUCGCAUCGGAUGAGUCGGCUGACAGAGGAAACGAAUUAACUGACACAUCGAGUGGUAAAACGUUUGAAAGGUCCUCCUCCCCAGGGAAAAUUGAAAAGCGAAAGAAGAAAAAAAGAAAGAACAAAAAGAAGAGUAGGUUGGCUCUUGAUAAUAACGAACAAAAUGUACCCCAAGAUCACUACGAAGGCCAGGAAGAUGCGAUAUAUGAGGGGGAAAUAGACUACAAUGAAUAUCUGUACAAUGGUGAAUUGUUGAUGCAUACAUAUUAUACAUUACCAUCAUCAGUGCAAAAAUUCUGGAGUCGAAGAUACGAAUUGUUUACCAAAUAUGACGAAGGGAUAUACCUCUCAGCAGAGCUAUGGUACAGUGUAACACCUGAAACGAUUGCUAAAUACAUUGCACAAUUAUUUGUGAAAAUUCUUCCUCCAGAAGCAAACUAUGGGUUAGAUGUAUGCUGCGGAGGAGGUGGUAAUAUGAUUCAAUUUGCCCAGUUCUUUGAUUCAGUAGGAGGAAUAGAAAUUAAUGGCACAAAUUUAUACUGUGCUGAACAUAAUGCCGAAGUAUAUGGCGUCCAAGAUAAAACAUGGACAGUGCAAGCCGAUUGGAGGCAGAUUACACAACUUCAAGAGAAUCAUGAAGUGAAUUACGAUUGGAUACCGCAACAUGUACGUGAAUCAAGAAAAGAUGUACCACCUAACCGAAUAUUUGAUUUUAUAUUUAGUUCACCACCUUGGGGUGGUACGAAUUACGACAGGAACGAAUUUAAUUUAUAUGCCAUGCAACCGUUCAACAUCACCGAGCUUUUACAAACAAUGACCCGGUAUUCAGAUAACGUUGGGUUGUUUUUGCCUAAGCUGUCAAGUUUAAUGCAAUUGAGUUUGGCUACGAAGGAGGUAUACGGGGAUUACAAAAAGUGCAGAGCAGUCUACAUAAAUUCCAAAGGUCGAUGCAUUGCCUUAUUGGCAUUAUUUGGUGACUGCUUUACAGCAAAAUUUGAUGAGUUGGAUGAUAUUAGCGAAGAGGCGUUAAUAGGGACAACACCUGAGGCAACUGCUCAGGAUGACAGGAGUGAGGCAGACGGAACAGAAAGUAAAAGACUGAAUGAUGUUACGGAUAUUAUAGAAGAAGCUGAUGAGGAGGGAUUUAUCUUGGGUAGUAGCUCAGAAGAAGUGGAAUCAGAUAUAGGUUAA